UUUACCAAUGUUGUUUCAAGAUGGCGACGGUUUGGAAGUUGAUUGCGUUGGCACUUGUAGUGGAGACUUCACUUGUUGUAUCAUCCUCUUACAAAGAAGGAGACAAGGUGCCUGUUUAUGUGAACAAAGUGGGUCCAUACUUCAAUCCUCAUGAAACGUACCACUACUACCAGUUGCCAGUAUGCCGACCAGAAAAGAUUGAACACAAGAGUUUAACACUUGGAGAGGUGUUGGAUGGUGACAGAAUGGCACUUUCCCUGUAUGAUGUCAAUUACAGAACUGACAUACCAACUAAGAAAGAGCUAUGUAAAGUGAAAUAUGGGGAAUCUGAAUUAGAAAUGCUGCGGAAUGCAAUUGAAGAUCUCUAUUACUUUGAGUUCGUCUUGGAUGAUAUUCCUAUCCGUGGUUUUAUUGGCCAUUUAGAAGAAGGAGGUUUUCUGCCCCACAACCACAAGAUAUACCUCUGGGUCCACUUGCAUUUUAACAUUGAAUACAAUCAAGAUCACAUCAUUUAUGCCAAUGUUACAACUAAAGAGCAGCUACCUAUAUCACUUGAUGGUGCUGCCACACCUUUGGAGGUAGCAUUUACCUACACAGUCAAAUGGGUUCAAACAGACCUCAGCUAUGACCAAAGAGGAACAAGGAUCAGAGACAACUCAUUUUUUCCUAAAAAUUUAGAGAUCCAUUGGCUGUCAAUCAUAAAUUCUCUUGUGUUGGUCUUCCUUCUAAUUGGAUUUGUGGUCAUAAUAAUGACUCGAGUCCUGAAGAGUGACUUUGCCCGCUACAACAUUGAAGACGAAGAAGAUGCUGAUGAUCUUGAUUCUGAUGACAAUGGCUGGAAGAUAAUCAGGACAGAUGUUUUCCGUUUUCCUCCAAACAAGAAUCUUUUCUGUGCAAUUUUGGGUGUUGGUACCCAGUUCCUGGCCCUUGCAACUGGUAUUUUGUUGAUGGCCUUGGCUGGCAUGUUCAAUGUGCAUCGUCAUGGUGCUAUCAAUGCAGCAGCUGUUGUUUUGUAUGCAUUCACAUCAAGUAUUAGUGGCUAUGUGGCUGCCAAUAUGUUUAAAAAGAUGGGAGGAGAAAACUGGGUGUGGAACAUCAACCUGACAUCUGCGUUAUUUGCUGUGCCAUUUUUCCUGGUGUGGGCCGUGAUAAACUCAGUGGCUUGGGCUUACGGUACCACAAGGGCUCUGCCUGCUACUACAGUGAUCCUGCUUAUGGCGCUCUGGCUCUUCAUUGGAUACCCCCUGACAGUAUUAGGUGGAAUAUUUGGCAAAAACUAUGCAGGCAGUUUUGAUGCUCCUUGCAGGACAAAAAAUAUUUCCAGAGAAAUUCCUAGCGUGCCUUGGUACAGAUCUGCUCUUGCUCACUGUGCAAUUGGAGGAUUCCUGCCCUUUAGUGCAAUAUCAGUUGAGCUGUACUAUAUUUUUGCCACUCUGUGGGGACGUGAGCAGUACACCUUGUUUGGCAUCCUCUUCAUCGUGUAUGGCAUCCUCCUCAGUGUUACUGCUUGUAUUUCCAUAGCGCUCACCUACUUCCAGCUGUCAGCAGAAGACUAUCGCUGGUGGUGGCGGUCAAUAUUCAGUGCAGGAUCAACUGGCAUCUUUGUGUUCCUCUACGCACUCUUCUACUAUUACAAGCGGUCCAACAUGUCAGGACUGCUGCAGACGCUUGAAUUCCUGGGCUACACAGCCUUGACCUGCUACGUCUUCUUUCUCAUGCUGGCCACAGUCUCAUUUUUUGCCUCACUUAAGUUUGUCCGAUAUAUCUAUGUCAACAUAAAGAUGGACUAAACACCAUGUUGCUACAUGUUUUUUAGCUAGAAACAUCCCAAGCUGUUGCAGCUUUGAUAAAGUUUAAGUUUAAAAGAUGAGAAAGAGUGUUGGAAUAAGUUUUUCUUGGACUUUUUGAGGGUGUAUCUGUAGCUCAGAUUUUUUUUUGCAACCAUUGACAUAUGUUGCUGGUAUUUGAAAACUGUGGGAUAAUAUAACAGGAUCUUUAGAUAUUUUUUUUUCCUUUCCCAGUUUUUUCUUUUGCUCCCUGCAGUUCAGAAAUUACUUUUUAUUUGUACAUAGAAAAUUAAAUUAAAACAGACUAACAGGCAUGACAAUAUACAAAGUUCUUUGAAACAGGCAAGUGUGUGAAACAUAACCUGUUGCCCUUCAAUUACAGUAACAGUGGCUGCCUCAGUAAAUAUUGUGUGGCUUGUGAAUGAGUUUGUUUCAACCUGUGUUUGGAUGUGUUACGACUGACAACACCAUUAUUAGAUGUGAUAUUUGUUGUCGAACAUUGAGAAACAUCUAACACUUCCUCUUAUGACAAACUAGUUAGAGGAACAGCUGUGAUUUUUUUUUAACAACUUAUUAUUCAAUGUAUGUUUGGCAUCUUGAAAACCAUGGGUUUUUCUGAUUUUGCUUGAGGGAUUUUUUUAAAUAUUUUUUUUACUAAUAAUGUGGUUUCUGAAAGUAUAAAUUUGGAAAAUCAGUUCAUGUGAGACUAUUUCUAUUUAUAACAUGCUGCCAAUGUUUUGUAUAUAACUCAUAAAUAACAUGCUCUGUUGUGUAUUAAAUAUCAAUUUUUACAAUUUGAUGUCAUAAGUGCUAAUGCUUCACAAACUAUCUCCACCACUUAAAUGAUAGUUUUAAUUAAAAAUUUCUCUUACAGGUUUCUAAUAAAUCUUUUUAGUCUGGAUUUUUUUUACAUUAAUCUUUCAAAUAUAUUUACUUCAAUAAUUCUAUAAAUUCAACCAUUCAGUAACUGGUCAAAUGAGAAGUACUAUCUUGAAAUGUCUAUUUUACAUUUGUUAUCCGUUGUUGUUCACCCUAAGACUGAGUGAUCUCUUCUGAUUAGUUAAACCUUGGUAGCCUAACAGGCUUCCAUAGGAUUAGUUUUAGUAAUCUUCUGAUAUCACUCCCACAUUGGAAGUGUGUCCGUUUUGUCUGUUCUGUUCUAUGUCAUUCUUAUCACAUCUCAUGCAGGGUCAUUUUUGUUUUUAUCAUUGACAUUGUGUCUAAACGAAGGGAUGAAAGACUAGGUGUUUGACUAAUUAUAAGUACCAUACACGCAGUGGGGGUGGGCUGGUGUUACAUGUCAUCAUUCCAGUGUGUCUUGUGUUGCUCAUUGUUGCCAGGCUCAUGAGACUAGAAUAACAAGGGCUAGCAUAUUUUACUAACAGGGUAGAAUAUUCAGUAGUAUUAGUGUAAUUAAUAGUGGGAUUAUCAUUCCCAAGGUAUUCCCUGGGGUGUAGUAAAUUAAGUGAUAAAUAUAAAUGUGAGUAUAAAGAUAUAUAUAAGAUUUACUUUUUAAUUGCCUGAUUUGCAAGUUGAAUGAGGUUA